AUGAGGACUCCUCUUGUCGCCUUGCUGGCUGCUGUGCUCUGUGUGGAACAAGUUUAUCCAUUCAUGUGCUACACCUGCCAAGAACAGGAGUCCAACAAGGACUGUUUGACCAUUUCCAUGUGUGCCAAGGAGGACAAACACUGCGUGACCGUCCGGAAGGACGUCGGGACAAAGCCCAACAAGCCUAAAUACGUCAUCUCCAAGAUGUGCUCUCCAAUGUGUCCAGCAACAGGUCAGCAACAAAUCCAAAGCUCCCAAAAUGUUUCCUGCUGUGAGAAACCCCUGUGCAACGUGAAUGGGGUCAGCAGCAGGCAAAGCAGCCACGGAGUGAUGUCCCUGGGUGUCCUGGCCAGCCUCACUUACAUCUUUGCAUACGGAUUGUGAUGGGUUUGGAAGAGCUCCCCGUGAUGGCUGAAAUAAAAGUGUUGUUCUGGGAUAAUUUUCCACUCUUAAAGAUUAGUGUUUUGUGGUUGAGCUUCCCCCUGGGAUUCUUGAGAGAGCCUGGAUAAGUCAGGUGCUGAACUCCCAUUGAUUUCCUGAGCCUGCUUGAAUCCCAAGUGUCCCCAGACAUCCAACUCACCUAAGAAAACAUACCGAAAAUGGCCUUUUUGACAUGUUCAAACUUCAAAUCAUUACUGCUCCGAGGAGAUCCUUGAAGGCAUAGUUUUGUCUCUCACUUUCAAAGCUCUGUGAGGAAUAAAAUCCCACCCUGCCAGAAACACAGGGAAUGGCUCCACAGUUGUGUCAGUACAGGGGAUGAUCGGUGAAUUUGUUCACAGUG